UGCCGCCUUCUCCCCUCCCUCUCCUCCUCCCACUCCCCUCAUCUGACCAAAGCUCCUCUUAUCUCUCUCUAGCCCCCUUUCCCUCCCCGUCUGCCCAUCUACUGCUGCUUCUUCAAUCGAGUCCCCGCGAUCGCAACACUCGCGUUAAUUUGAUCCCCGCUUAGUUCCUGAGCGCUCAAGGGAUCAGAUAACCAGGAAGAUGGACGUGCAAUACCAUGAGGAAUACGUGAGGAAUCCGAGGGGGGUGCAGCUCUUCACAUGCGGCUGGCUGCCCGCUUCUUCCUCGCCCAAGGCGCUCGUCUUCCUUUGCCAUGGGUAUGGCAUGGAAUGCAGCGUCUUCAUGAGAGCGUGCGGGUUCAAGUUGGCCGCGGCGGGGUACGGCGUGUUCGGCAUCGACUACGAAGGCCACGGCAAGUCCAUGGGCGCCAGAUGCUACAUCCAGAAGUUCGACCGCCUCGUCGCCGACUGCGACCGCUUCUUCAAGUCCAUCUGCGACAUGGAGGAGUACCGGAGCAAGAGCCGGUUCCUGUACGGCGAGUCCAUGGGCGGCGCCGUCGCCCUGCUGCUGCACAGGAGGGACCCGGCCUUCUGGGACGGCGCCGUCCUCGUGGCGCCCAUGUGCAAGGUGCUGCCAUCAACUUCUCCUGCCAUGUUGAUGAACUUCUACUGCAAUGCCUGCCUCUGCCUGCUAGCUCAUGUGUAGGUUGUUGUUUUGAUGGCAUGGUGGUGGUGCAGAUAUCGGAGAAGGUGAAGCCGCAUCCGGUGGUGGUGACCCUGCUGACGCAGGUGGAGGAGCUCAUCCCGACCUGGAAGAUCGUGCCCACCAAGGACGUGAUCGACUCCGCCUUCAAGGACCCCCUCAAGCGCGAGCACAUCAGGAGGAACAAGCUCAUCUACCAGGACAACCCGCGGCUCAAGACGGCGCUGGAGCUGCUCAGGACCAGCAUGGACGUCGAGGACAGCCUCGCCGAGGUGAGCAUGCCCUUCUUCAUCCUGCACGGCGAGGCCGACACCGUCACCGACCCGGAGGUCAGCCGCGCGCUCUACGACCGGGCCGCCAGCGCCGACAAGACCAUCAAGCUCUACCCCGGGAUGUGGCACGGCCUCACCGCCGGCGAGCCCGACGACAAUGUGGAGCUGAUCUUUGCCGACAUCGUCGCCUGGCUCAACAAGCGCAGCCAUCAUCGCAAACCUGAACACGGCGGCCGGGUAGGAAGUGCCCCGUCGGAGCCUGCAAGGUACCAACGGCGGCCGGUUUCCGGCGGCAGCGGCAUGGACAGCCCGGUGUCGAUACCUCGGCGGCGAGGUGGCUUCCUCUGCGGGCAAUGUAGAAUGUAAACAUGGAACUGUUUGUGCAAGGAAAAGAGAAGCAGCAGAUGAAAGCAUGUAAAUACUGUGCUGCACCAAUGCUCAGUAAACUGAAUAAAGUUUUGCUCCACUCUGAAGUUUCUUGUGUUCUAGACAGAGAUUGGCUUCCUGAAGCAUCUGGGAAGAUCCACAUUCUGAAACAACAUGUAAUUUAUACCAUAUAAUGCUAUCUUCUCAACAAAGAAUUAGAAGAUCCAGAUUUGAUUUAUAUA